CGCUGUGUUGUGUUUAGUGUGUAUGUAGGUCACAGCGUUGAUACAUACCUGUCAUAUAUCACUUACAGAUCCUGAUGGGAACGUGUGUGUAAGACGACAGAAGUAAAGUUUACAUUUUAACAAGGUAUUUGAGUUUAUAUGUUUAUUUAUUUUUUUAAAGGUUUUCCAGUGUUUCUCAUGUGUAUGUGUAUGUGUAUGUAUCAGUGGUUAUAGAAGUCUACAUACGUAACUAUACUCUAUUAUUUUGUUGUUACUUUUAAAAGAUUAUUUUAGGUAAUUUUCUGUGUUAAUUCAUACUGAAAUGAUGGGUGUUGUGAUAGGCAUUCUACUGUAUAUAGUUGAUCUGCACAUAAUAACAGCAGAAGCAAUUGAUCUAUUAUUUACAUAUAUAUUUUUUAAUUUAGCAAAUUUUAUCCAAAGCAACUUGCGAACAGUAGAGCGUUUAACCUUUUAUUUACAGGCUGAGAUUAGAGAAUUAAGUUACCUUUGCCAUCACGUUACUGUCUUUCGUAAUCUUGGUUGUAAUGAAUAUGCUGUUUGGACUGGAAAAGUGCUGGUGUUAGUGUAAUGAAAAUCUUGUUUAAAUGUAUUGCACCAUAGCAUUUUCCAGAAAUAGGCCUACGAAAUAGGCCUACACAUCUUCAUGGGGCGCAAGGAAAGCAGGAAAUCCCAGUAUACAGCAGUGUCCAAAUGUGAUGCUUGAAGGGGCUGUUUGAGUCCAAGUUCUCCAGCUACAGCAUGCAUACAGAAUCUUUGAUCAAUCUUCAAUAAAGAUGUGUUUGAAUAAAGGAUGAAGACUGGCUGCUGUUGUAGAUGGGUCAGUUGGUCGGCUCUGGGCUGCUGGAGGUAAUCGGGGCAGGAAUCUUGCGUUGGAUUCACAUUAUCCAUCAAUUAGUGAACACCUGCUGCUGUCGCAUGUACAACAGGCUUUAAAUCCAAUUAUACACACAUUUCUGAAAUACAGAAACAUUCAACACACAAUGUGAACCUAAGAAAUAUCACUUAUAUGAAAAUACUGAAUGUGUGUUAUAAAGCAUGUGUGUUCAAGUUGUGUGUGUGUUUACGCUUUACCAUCCUGGUCUACUGAUGUUUGUGUAUGUUAUUACAUUCUUCUGGGUUGUUUUGAUAACAGAGAGCGUGUAAAUAUGAGAUUGAUCUGAGCAGGUGACUCAGGAUUGUAAUUGUAUAGCCUCAGAGAGUCAGUCGUGACAUAUGGAGCAAUCUGAAGUAGGCUACGCUUUCAGCACAGCUCAGUCAGAGAAAGACAAAGUUCAUUUUCAAGUCUGUUGUGUGUAGUUUGUCUUUAAACUAAACCUAAGCAAAGAAGCUGAAAUAAUAAUCCCACAGGAUUCAUUUUGUAUUUCAGGAAUGUCUUGGAAUAAGUAUGUUGUUGGUGAAAGUGGUGCAGAAGCAACACCCAACUUCGAAGAGAAACCAGAAGUUGUUAGAGCACAGGUGCACUCAGAGACGGAGGUUUCUGGAGGGUACGAGGCAGUAACGGUGUGUGUGCCAGCUGAAAUGCCACCUGUGGUGCCCGUGACGGGCGAGUCAUUCUGCCAGUGUCCAGCUCAAACUGAACUCAACUCAGACAACCACAUCAAUCCCAACAUCUGCACCUGUGGAGAGGACGAACAAGGAUGUGAUUGGGUGUGGGAUAAGGAAAGUAAAUCCUCCGGAGCGUAUCUGAGCUGCUCUGACCGGAUGGUGAGCUUUCAUUCAGAGUACAGCUGUGGAACGGCCGCCGUCAGGGGCUCUCGAGCGCUCAGUGAUGGACAGCAUUUCUGGGAGAUUAAAAUGACAUCACCUGUCUAUGGAACAGAUAUGAUGGUUGGUAUCGGUACAUCAGAAGUGAAUCUGGAUCAGUUCAGACACAGUUUCUGCGGUAUGCUGGGCACAGAUGAAGACAGCUGGGGUCUGUCAUACACAGGUCAGCUCCACCAUAAUGGGUCAAAGGUGAACUUCUCCUCACGCUUUGGUCAAGGUUCUAUCAUUGGGGUUCACCUGGACACCUGGCACGGCACGCUUGGCUUCUACAAGAACCGCCGAUGCAUUGGUGUUGCAGCCACACAUUUGCAGAACAAGCAUCUUUAUCCGAUGGUGUGUUCAACUGCAGCCAAGAGCAGCAUGAAACUGAUCCGCUCGCACUCAACACCCACCACCUUACAGUAUCUGUGCUGCACACAGCUGCGCAACAUGCUGCCCGACUGUGCAGACACUCUGCGUAUGCUGCCGUUACCCCCGGGUCUGCGUCUGCUGCUGUUUAACCAGCUGGGAUGGGUGCUGAGCCUCGGCUGCGCAGACAGGAAAGACAAAGCUACGCAGACAGAAAAUGACGACUGCACAGACCAAUGCACAAGCCCCGUUCUUUCCCACACUCCUGCAGACCGUGACUUUAUUAGCAGUUCUGUCUCUGAUAACCCUGGUUCUUACCACAGUAAAGAUGAGUUUUACCGUGAUUCUACAUCUCAUCAAGACUCCGCCUCCGUAAUGGAUGUUUGCUGUUACCGCGAUACCUCCUCACCCUCUGACCACGCCCUCUGCUGUCGCCCCGCCCUCGUCUCUGACCACACCUCCCUGUGUGACCCAACCCAUCAUCACGUAUCUGCUGUCUGUCAAUGCUGUGACACUCGUCUGCCUCAUCUCUGUGUAAAUGGCCCCAGUUCUUAUCCAAUCCCUGAGUCAUGCAAUCUCUGCCCCGCCUCCAGUGUACCAGGACACACCCCAUUUUUGCCUGACUCCACCUCUGAUAACGACUCAGACGAAUUCUUUUCAGAUUUAGAGACGUACCACAGAAAACGCUGUCGCUGGACGUAGAAGAGAAAAUGCUUAAAUAAAACAGAUCAGAGAAUCGUAAAAAUCCUUAUUUACUCAUCCUUGUGAUAUCAAUAUGACUUUCUUCUGCAAAUUUACUCUGGGUUUUUACAUAACUUAUCUUCUUAAAUCCCGGAAGAUAUGCAGAUAUGACAAUAUUCAACACAAAUUUCUCAGUAGUUUGCUUAUUAGUUCAUUUUCAGUGCCAAUGUUUCUAGUCAUGUGACCCUGUAUUACAUGUCGUAAAAAGCAUUGAGGAUAUAUUCAGGAGUUUAUGUUCGUUUUUUAUUUAAAAAGGUCAUUUUUGGCCCAAGCCCACUAAACAAAUGAGGCUGAGGUCACUGCCAUGUCAAAUGAUGACAUCACUGAAUGCAGUACAUCAAUACCUGAAGUGUUACUGGAUUAUAUUUUGUACCAGACAGCAGCUUGUCUGUUACGACAGUUUGUGUAUUUCAUGGAUUGAUUCUGUAUUUAUUCACUCAGCUUUUAUUUAUUAGUUCAAUUUCUUUGCUGUUAAGAUUUGAUUAUGGCUUAUAGUACUCACUGAAUCAACUCAACUCAACUUUAUUUAUAUAGCGCUUUUACAAUUUUCAUUGUUACAAAGCAGCUGUACAUGAGACAUAUUGACUAUAAGCAAAAUAAUUAAAGUUGUACCUGCAAAAACAAGAAAAGGUUGAAAACACAGAAGACAGACAUACCCACAUACAAAACACUCCACACACACAAUAUGCACACGUACUAACACACAUAGACAUAGAGACACACACACACACACGGAUGCGCACGCACACACACACAACACACACACACACACGCACGUACACAGACAAGUACGCACACACACACACACUCAGUGAGAGCACACAUUUAGGAUAAAGGAGAGAGAAGCACAGGUCAAAUAUAACAGACUAUAAAUUCCUAUAUGCAAUAUUAAUUAAGUAAAACUUUAAAAUUCUAAAGCAGCCCCCCCGGUCAGGCAGAUAGUGCAAAAACAGUAUGCAAACGGUGGCGAGGAACCCAAAACUCUAAUCGAGAAAAAAAACCUCAGGAGAACCCAGGCCCAACCAGGGGAUUCCAGUUCCCCUCUGGCAAAAGCUGCUGCCUCUGCACAAGCUCCAGAGAACUUGCACAACAAGGCUAAAUAAAAUAAAUAAACUUAAUAAUAAAAUAAAUUGUAGUUUAAGAUUAUCAUUAAUAAUCUAAUAGCAUUUGAAGUUUUGUGGUGAAGACAUGUCAAGAGACCGCGUCCUUCUUUAUCCAGCUCUAUCAUCUCAGCUCUUGUCAGGUCCCCACUUCCCAUUCUCCACUCUACCAUCAGGUCAGGCCAUGAACUGCAUCCUGCUCGCUGUGGUAACCUUGGAACAAUGAGACAAGACUGGCUGAGAGUAGAGUACUGUUCUGUACUCUUUGAUGCAACAAGUACAUCAGUUGUGUUUUUGGUUCCGGUUGAUCUAACUAAUGCAGCCUAAACCCUCAGAAGAUUUAUAUUAUGGAAGAGUAGUGUAUGCAAGAUUAAAAAGAUGCGUCUUUA